AUGAUUUACAAUAUAUUACCAUAUAUUGAAGAUUACGAUGCGGCAUAUUCAUUUCUGAAGGAGAAGAAAGUUCUAAACAGUGUUGCUCCCCAAUGUUCAAUUUGCCAGAAGGAAAUGACAUUGAUAAAGCAGAAGGAAGGGAAGAUAUUUCGUUGUCCCAAACAUAAAGCUAUAAAAGAGUCCAUUAAGAAGUUUUCGUUUCUGGAAAAUUCGAAAUUGCGACUACAGGACUUUAUUCUUCUCAGUUAUCUCUGGUCCCAAAAUAUAGCCGUACAUCCAUCGUCCGAGAUGACCGGUCUUUCAAAAUCUACUGUUGUUCAAUGGUAUCAGUACAUGAGGGACAUUACAAGCAAUUAUCUUGUGCGUAACCCCUACCAAAUUGGUGGACUUGGGCACAUCGUUGAAAUAGACGAACCUAAGAUGUGCAAGCAAAAGUGCAAUAGAGGGAGAACGUCACAGGAGAGGUGGGUUUUUGGAGGAUGGGACAGAAAAGACAAAAAAGGGUUUUUAGUCUUUGUACCUGACCAUUCUUCUGAAACUCUUCUACCACUUUUUAGAAGAUAUAUCAAACCAGGGACGAUUAUAUAUUCGAAUUGUUGGAGUGCGUACAACGGGAUUAGUGAAAUAGAUGUGACACCAAAAUACACUCAUUUCAAAGUGAACCAAACCGAAAACUUUGUCGAUCCUAAUGUUCAUACCGAUUCGGUGAAAUGCUAUUGGAAAAACGCAAAACGACAUUUUAAGCAUAUGAUGGGGGAACAAACAGACAUGAUUGAAUCAUAUUUGGACGAAUUUCUUUGGCGGGAACAAUAUGGCAAAACUGGAAAUGAAUGUUUUGAAAACAUUUUCAAACAUCUUUCAGAAUGGUUCGCAUUCAAGUAA